AUGUAUAAAUACAUCAUUUUCAGAGGAAGUGACAUCAAGGACAUAAAUGUGUGUGAGCCGCCUAAACCACACCAUGGUUUACCUCAAGACCCUGCCAUUGUACAGGUAGGAGACAAGGACCAAUACAUCAACUCUACUCUGCAAAAUAAAAAAAACAUGACAUAAUUGACCGCCAUGCAUAUCAUCACACAGCCUAAGACUGGUCGUUGCAUGCAUCAACCAAUGGUUGCGUCCCACGUCAUCGACUGACAGAUUGCUGUAACAUAUGUGGUUAGCUGAUGCGUUAAAUACCUAUCCAGGCGUUGUAAGAUCUGGCAGGCGUCAGUGAUGCCUGGACAGAGGAAGGCGCCCCUAAGCAUUUGUUUGCUUUGCGUUUUGUAGUUGUCCAAAUCAAGUCAAAUCAAAUUGUAUUUGCCACAUACGCGAAUACAACAGGUGUAGACAUUACAGUGAAAUGCUUACUUACAAGCCCUUAACCAACAAUGCAGUUUUAAGAAAAGUAAAAAAUAGAUAAAUAAAAAAUAGCAAAUAAUUAAAGAGCAGCAGUAUAAUAAAAUAACAGUAGGGAGGCUAUAUGCAGGGGGUACCGGUACAGUCAAUGUGCAGGGGCACCGUUUAGUCGAGGUAAUUGAGAUAAUAUGUACAUGCGGGUAGUGUUAAAGCGCCUCUGCCACAUACCUGUCCCAGGCCCCCUACAGGAGUAUGGUGCCUUCAUAUAACCAGCUGGCUGCCAGCUCUCUACUCAGCCAGCAGUAUGCUGCUGCCCUGGGUCUGGGUGAGUGACACUGUCUUGGAGAGAGACCCUAGCAAACACACAACCACCUUCAUGAUGUAUUUUAUUUCAAGAUUUUGUCAUAAUAGCCAAUGAACUGUUAUGAGGCCCUUGUACAUAACUGCUAUGUCUUUGAACUUUGUCACCAUGUAGUGUCUCAUCUCAAGAUGUCAGGGUAGUGGGUUCGAUCCCCGGGACCACCCAUACGUAAAAAUGUAUGCACACAUGACUGUAAGUCGCUUUGGAUAAAAGCAUCUGCUAAAUGCAUAUUAUUAUAAGAUGUCUGUGGGAAACUGUCCCCAGAUCUCUUAAAAUGUCUUUCCCAUUUAUUCCCUGGCCUUCCUCAGGAACAGUCCUUCACAGCCUUCCAGCGAGAAGAGGCCUGAUGGUAGAGCAGGCUGUCCAGACAGUACCAGUGGAGAAUUCUGUCUACAAGUGGCCAGUCUGCCUCCCAGCAGUAAGGAACAGAGUCUGGUCGGCCUUCCCAGCGCUCUGGCAAAGAUGAUCCUCAGUCUCAGAGGACGACUGCCUCCAGUGGUAAGCUCAGACAACCGGAAUGAUGGUUUCUGAUACAGCCUGGUACAUAGUUUGAGUAACACCUGUUCUGCCGUGUUUUCAUUCCUGCUUUGUGAAUUCUCAUCACUUUAGGGAGCAGGAGAACUACAUUGAGCUCAAAAUUUUUUGGGACAGUGACUUUUUGUUUGUUUUGGCUGUGUACUCCAGCACUUUGGAUUUUUAAUGAUACAAUGACUACGAAGUUAACCUCUUAGAUGUAGGACCUGUGUGGUUCUGGUACCUGUUCCGACUGACAUUUUCGCUUAUAGUCCCAUGUAGCUCAGUUGGUAGAGCGUGGCGUUUGCAACGCCAGGGUUGUGGGUUCGUUUCCCACUGGGGACCAGUAUGAAAAAAAAUAAUGUAUGCACUCACUAACUGUAAGUCGCUCUGGAUAAAUGACUAAAAUGUAAAAUGUAAAUCGAUCUGUGGAUACCCCAGAUCGAACUGGCUUGUGUUGAGCAAUAGCCCUGGUUCCCACAAACACAGUAUAUAUAUAUUUUUUUCUGAGCCUGUGUGACAUAUGAUGUGGAAUCUGAAACCACUUCAAGCUGGGAUGUCCCUCCUACCAUUUCAUUUGCUUUUCUGACUGUCCAUCAACUCAUGGCUGAACCCUACAUCACAGCCACGGACAAAGCACAUGCAUGCUGCAAUCGUUACAUCGUAGCUCAACAGGAGAGUGGUUUCAUAGAUUUUUUUUAUUUAUUAUAUAUUUUUGGUUAUAUAUCCAUUAAUCUAAAAUAAUUCAGAUUUUAAAUUCAGGCUUUCUGUUUGUCAUAGACAGACAAGCUUAAUAUGAGAUGAAAGGUGUGUUCCUAACGAGUUCAGGAAGCCAAGCUAGAGCUAUGUGAGACGUUCCCAGCGACGCUAACAGACAUUUUGAUCAAGCGAGACCUUUAGAAAAUAUGCAAAUUUUCUCUAACACUAAACAUACAACUAUGUAUUUUAGUUAUAAGGAAGGUGAAAUCUUAGUCAUUUUAUUUGAUUAUGCUAUUUAUAUUUAGAAAGCAUGUCAUUUUUAAGCCCUACUUAUACAGCUUUGUAUAGGAAAUACAUCAUAUCAAAUUUCAUAUUUUAAUAUUUGUAUCAUAUUUUUACUGUGUGCUUGUGUUGUCAAAAGUGACUACACCUCAGCAAUUCAUAACUAUUUUACCAGAAAGGUGAGAUUUUAACCUUUCUUUGAGUAUGCAAUCCUUACUAGUUAUAGUUUAUGGCCUUCGUUAUAAAUAAUUAUAUUUGGGGAUUAUGUAGAUUACAUUUCAAGUGGUUAAAGUGCAGACGGUCAGCUUUAAUUUGAGGGUAUUUUCAUGCAUAUCGGGUGAACUGUUUCGAAAUUACAGCGCCUUUUGUGCAUAGUCCCCCCAUUUUAGGGGACCAAAAGUUUUGGGACAAAUUCACUUGUGUAUUAAAGCAGUCAAAUGGUGAGUAUUUGGUCCCAUAUUCAUAGCACGCAAUGAUUACAUCAAGCUUGUUACUAUACAAACUUGUUGGAUGCAUUUGCUUUUUGUUUUUGGUUCAUAUUAUUUUGUGCCCAAUAGACAUUAAUGGUCAAUAAUUGGCAUUUUGGAGUCACAUAUUGUAAAUAAGAAUAUAAUGUUUCUAAACACUUCUACAUUAAUGUGGAUGCUACCAUGAUUAUGGAUAAUCCUGAAUGAAUCGAGAAUUGUGAUGAGCGUUAGACGCAAAAAUAUCACCUCCCCUGUUAUUGUAAUGGUUAGCAUGUCUUGGGGCUAUGAUAUUUGUCUAACUUUCUCACUCAUCAUUAUUCACAAUUCAUUCAGGACAAUCUGUAAUCAUGACAGCAUCCACAUUAAUGUAGACGUGUUUAGAAACCUAUUCUAUUAUUUACAAUAAAAGUGAUACUAAAAUGACACAAUACAUUAUUUACCAAUAAUUUCUAUUGGGCACAAAAUAAUCUGAAACAACCAAAACAAAUGGCAAAUGCAUCCAAGUUUGUAGAGUCACAAGCUUGAUGUAGUCCUUGCGCGCUAUAAUUAUGGACCCAAUGCUAAACUUUUUACUACUUUAAUACACAUACUGUUGUCAAAUGUCUAAAUGUAACAGUGUUAUGCUCACAGGCAAUCGUAGGUCAAGGAACAGUGGGAGAGGUCAGCUUCUUGUAGAAAACUCAAAAGCUUACAAUUUGAGUCUGACUUUGAUUUUGAAACUUCCAAUGCUCAGUUCAACAAAGAUGAACUAGAGAACCCAGAAAAAAAAAUAAAAAAAAUAAGAUGAACUAGAGAAGGAGCUUCAGGAAAAGCUGACCAUCGAAGGUACCUGCAUCAAAAGUGAUUCCUCAAGUAGUCCAAAUUUGAAACUGUUGCUCAGUGAAAUACUGUAUGUGUAACUCUGGUCGUCAAUCUAGGCAGUAAGUUGUCUUGCCUGCAGUAGCAAGUCUAUAUUUUAACCACACCUAAGAUGUGGUUUGGAGUUUGUGGCCUUUCUCUUCUUAAUCCCAGUAUGAAAAUGUGACCCUUGGUUGUUCUCAUUCUGACCCAGAGGAGAAGGUGGGCUCUGGGGUUAGUAAGGGCCAGAACAUGAGGGCACAGUGGAGGAGGAUCCUCCCAGGGAGAAGUUAUACUAUGACAAAACAAAGUGCUUCUUUGACAAUGUCUCAUCUGAGAUUUAAGUUUGGGUAUAAAAAGAAUACUAGUAAAAAAAAAAAAGUUUCAUGAAGGAGUGGUGAAUUAAAUCUGAUUCUGUCCCUCCUUGUGUAUCUCACAUUUUCCACAUGCUAACUUGGUCAUGGUUGUACAAAAGCAAAUCAUUUUUUCUCUUGAUACUGAAAAUUCACAUUAACACUGUGGGAAACUUGUAUUGUUACUAAUCCAUUAAAUUACAUGACAAAUUAUGAUUGUACUGAUUUUUCAUAUUCUGUCAACAGUGAACUUCAAACAAUUUGCAAAAGUUGUUUGAUCUCAAAAUUGAAAUUAAUAUUUUACAUGCUGCUCCUACUAUACUGUAGUGUUAAUCAUUGGCAUAGGCUGGUGUGCAGAUAGAGGCUAGCUGGUUCAACCUGGGCCCCAGGUUGUCUAACUCGCUCAGGUCAAGGGUGUUGUCGGGGCUGGAGAUGGAGAGUCCAGGUCUGGUUCUGCGGCAGAGUUUGAGUCUCCCUCAUAGUAGGGGUGAGGGUCAUGAUCACCCAGCUCCUGGCCUGGGGCUUGUAUGGAGACUAAUCUCUGCAGUGAGAGAGGGGAGAUGAGUUGGCAGUCUAGAACAGUAGUAGCAAACUAAAUUACAUGUCACUAGGUCUCCAAAAAUAAGUUGAUGGCUUUGCAUAUCUGGCAAAAAAAGUCUGCCACCUGAAAAACCAACCUGAUGGCCCAAGUUGAACAUGGCAGCCUCUGUCACAAAACUAGAGUACCUUCUAGUAGUGCAAUAUUUCCUGCGUAAAACCGGUCCCUGUAGAACAGAGGAGACUUCUAAACAAGUGCACUUGUCUCAACUGUUUAACAGACAUUUGAUAAGUGGAUAUAUGCCAGCUACUGUAGGCUACCUGAUGAUGGCAGCCAUUGUUUGUAAUUUAUUGGUGUACUCGUCCUCUAAAGUUUGAAAAGUUAAGAGUGGAAAACGCAGCAUACGGGUAUGAUGAGUCAUGAAAUUCAGACCAAGCUAAAACCAUGCCUGCAUACUCUAUAAUUUUAACGUGGAUAAUCUGACAUGACCAGAUUAAUGCAUACCUUAUACAUUGAGCUGUCAUUGAACAGAUCUUAAAUGUUGUUCACCAUGCUCCACAACAUUUAGAUUUAUAAAGCUUUUGUCUAAAUCCUGUAGGACUGAUGACAAGGUGAGGUAAGGAAUAGGGAUAUUCAUCUCAAAGUUCUUUAUAGACUGUUUAGUGGUUCAGCAAUAUUACUGUGACAAAUUCCAGAUUGUCUGCAUAAUCAAAUAACAUUCAGCUCCGACACCCAUACAUACCCCACAAGACAUGCCACCAGGGGUCUCUUCACAGUCCCCAAGUCCAAAAACGAAUUCACGGCAACGCAAAGUUUUAUACAGAGCCAUGAUCGCAUGGAAUUCCCAUCUCCAAUUACUCAAGCAAACAGCAAAAUUACCUUUAAAAAAACGGAUUCAACAACUCAAGGUACGGCGGGGACUGUGAGGGGACGCGCACACACACAUAAUUUUGUUGUAUUGUUUAUAUUUUUUUGUGUUUGUAUAUCAUUGUAUUUUACAUUUCUGUGACUGUCCUUGUGUAUCAGUGUUUUACUUGUCAUGUUUUUUGUGGACCCCAGGAAGAGAAGCUGCUGCUUCUGCAAAAGCUCAAAAUAAACAAACAUAGCGUGUCUAUUGCCCAAUCAUAAUUAUAGCCUCACCCAUAUUCUGAGUCCAUUGGCUUUAUUGAAUUACUCCAUAUUUUUGAUACCAACUCAUCAGUGAUGUUUGCUGAUGAUUGACAUUAGGCGUCAAUGAUGCAUUGGGUACCUUGGCAUCAAUCAACAAAUACAUGAUUGUCAACAACAAAUACUUAAAGCUGUAAUUGCACCUUAUUCAAUUUUGUUAUUAAAUAUAAACUAUUGUACAUUUAUAGGCCAGCAGUUGAGGUAUUACAAUACCUCACAGUCAGUUCCUGGUUUCUCGAUGUUGGAGUGGAGCAGUACAUCUCCAGAGCUGUGGUCAACAUGGAUGGUGGACAUCUCCGCAUCACAAGAGAUGGAAAUUGCCAUCAGCAGGAAAAUUGACAGUCGGAUACAAAUAUUAAUUGUAGUCUUUUCUAAUAAACAAUUAAGAAAGCAGACAAACAGGACUACAGUGGGGGGAAAAGUAUUUAGUCAGCCACCAAUUGUGCAAGUUCUCCCACUUAAAAAGAUGAGAGGCCUGUAAUUUUUAUCAUAGGUACACGUCAACUAUGACAGACAAAAUGAGAAUUUUUUUUCCAGAAAAUCACAUUGUAGGAUUUUUAAUGAAUUUAUUAGUUUCUCAAUACUUUGUUAUAUACCCUUUGUUGGCAAUGACACAGGUCAAAUGUUUUCUGUAAGUCUUCACAAGGUUUUCACACACUGUUGCUGGUAUUUUGGCCCAUUCCUCCAUGCAGAUCUCCUCUAGAGCAGUGAUGUUUUGGGGCUGUCGCUGGGCAACACGGACUUUCAACUCCCUCCAAAGAUUUUCUAUGGGGUUGAGAUCUGGAGACUGGCUAGGCCACUCCAGGACCUUGAAAUGCUUCUUACGAAGCCACUCCUUCGUUGCCCGGGCGGUGUGUUUGGGAUCAUUGUCAUGCUGAAAGACCCAGCCACGUUUCAUCUUCAAUGCCCUUGCUGAUGGAAGGAGGUUUUCACUCAAAAUCUCACGAUACAUGGCCCCAUUCAUUCUUUCCUUUACACGGAUCAGUCGUCCUGGUCCCUUUGAAGAAAAACAGCCCCAAAGCAUGAUGUUUCCACCCCCAUGCUUCACAGUAGGUAUGGUGUUCUUUGGAUGCAACUCAGCAUUCUUUGUCCUCCAAACACGACGAGUUGAGUUUUUACCAAAAAGUUAUAUUUUGGUUUCAUCUGACCAUAUGACAUUCUCCCAAUCCUCUUCUGGAUCAUCCAAAUGCACUCUAGCAAAUUUCAGACGGGCCUGGACAUGUACUGGCUUAAGCAGGGGGACACGUCUGGCACUGCAGGAUUUGAGUCCCUGGAGGCGUAGUGUGUUACUGAUGGUAGGCUUUUUUACUUUGGUCCCAGCUCUCUGCAGGUCAUUCACUAGGUCCCCCCCCGUGUGGUUCUGGGAUUUUUGCUCACCGUUCUUGUGAUCAUUUUGACCCCACGGGGUGAGAUCUUGCGUGGAGCCCCAGAUCGAGGGAGAUUAUCAGUGGUCUUGUAUGUCUUCCAUUUCCUAAUAAUUGCUCCCACAGUUGAUUUCUUCAAACCAAGCUGCUUACCUAUUGCAGAUUCAGUCUCCCCAGCCUGGUGCAGGUCUACAAUUUUGUUUCUGGUGUCCUUUGACAGCUCUUUGGUCUUGGCCAUAGUGGAGUUUGGAGUGUGACUGUUUGAGGUUGUGGACAGGUGUCUUUUAUACUGAUAACAAGUUCAAACAGGUGCCAUUAAUACAGGUAACAAGUGGAGGACAGAGGAGCCUCUUAAAGAAGUUACAGGUCUGUGAGAGCCAGAAAUCUUGCUUGUUUGUAGGUGACCAAAUACUUAUUUUCCACCAUAAUUUGCAAAUAAAUUCAAUAUAAAUCCUACAAUGUGAUUUUCUGGAUUUCUUUUUCUCAAUUUGUCUGUCAUAGUUGACGUGUACCUAUGAUGAAAAUUACAGGCCUCUCUCAUCUUUUUAAGUGGGAGAACAUGCACAGUUGGUGGCUGACUAAAUACUUUUUUUCCCCACUGUACAUCCAUAGUAUGAAUUACACAAUGUAUCAAAAGAAGAGUGUCUUACAGAGUAGCAGAAACAAGGAAGCGAAUAUGAUGCAACUGCCACCAGUGGCUCCGCUCUGGUGGCAGUUGGGCAAAACGGAACAGUCACACACAGUGACAGAGAGGUUGUACAAAAAGAACUGGCCUUGCAUGUCAGAGAUCUUCGGCUGGAGAGUGUAUGGACCUGCAUCCACAGAAUACUCCUUCACCAGGUCACAGUGAAACCUUGUGAAUGAAAUUAAUGAGAGACAUACAUGUUGAGAUCAACACAGAGAUAGAUAAGGGAUAGUUUUCACAGAUGACAUUGAGUUGAACUUUUAUGCCAGAUGGGUGAUUACUUCUGACAACAUUUCUGUUCUGUUCGCACAGCGAUUUAGUUGUCACAAAACCUAACAAGUGGCAUUUUUAAGAGCAGAAUCAUCUACCAUAUGAAAGGUCCAUUCUCAAUUUCCCCUCCACGUUUCCAGGCAGCUCGAAUUGGAAGGGUCCUCCACAAGGCUCUUGGUCCAGGUCAGAGGCUGUGAUGUUGGCCCUGGUGGGCCCCUCACACACACACAUGUCCAGUCUGCUCUCAGACAGCUGUGGGUCCAUCACGUGGAUCCUCAGGGUCCCUGUGCCUGUCAUCUGUGGCUCACAUGUCCAUUAA